CGCGCGCGAGGGCACCGGGGUAGCGGGGGCGCGCGAGGACACCCACCCACGCCGCGGUUGCCUGGCAACCGGCCCCGGAAGUCGCGCGAAGCGCGUUGGCCACAGGCGCCGGCGAGCGGCUGAAAGAUGGCGGAAGGCGGUGACGCCGACCCUGCGGAGCAGGACGCGAGGUCAUCCGGGCCGCGGCCCCCGAGCGCACGGGACUUGCAGUUGGCCCUGGCAGAAUUGUAUGAAGAUGAAGUGAAAUGUAAAUCUUCCAAACCUGAUAGGCCUAAAGCUGCAGUCUUUAAAAGCCCACGAACACCACCUCAAAGGUUUUAUUCAAGUGAACAUGAAUACAGUGGAUUACAUAUAGUUCGACCCUCAACUGGGAAAAUUGUGAAUGAACUUUUCAAAGAGGCAAGGGAACAUGGGGCUGUCCCUCUGAAUGAAGCCACAAAAGCUUCAGGUGAUGACAAAUCUAAGUCAUUUACAGGUGGAGGCUACAGACUGGGUAAUUCCUUUUGUAAGCGGUCUGAGUACAUCUAUGGAGAACAUCAGCUGCAGGAUGUAGGUACAGUGAUUAAAAUGAAAAAAAUACAGAUAGUUGCCUCUAGUUACUACUGUUCAUUUUUUGAAAGAGAGAUUCCUCUGGAGCUUCAGAGACGGGUUCACAGUGGCCACGUGAAUCUGGAUCUGGAGGAUCAUCAGGGUCAAGAAUACAUAAAACCCAGACUGAGAUUCAAGGCUUUUAGUGGAGAAGGACAAAAACUUGGAAGUCUUACACCUGAAAUCGUCAGUACACCUUCCUCCCCAGAAGAGGAGGAUAAGUCAAUACUUAAUGCAGUUGUUCUUAUUGAUGAUUCAGUGCCAACUACAAAAAUUCAGAUCAGGUUGGCAGAUGGCAGUCGUUUGAUACAAAGAUUCAAUAGUACACACAGGAUCCUGGAUGUUCGGGACUUUAUUGUACAGUCUCGUCCUGAAUUUGCAACUCUUGACUUUAUUCUUGUGACUUCAUUUCCAAACAAAGAGCUAACAGAUGAAAGCCUAACACUACAAGAAGCAGAUAUUCUUAACACUGUGAUACUCCAACAACUAAAAUAAUAGUGUCCCUAUAUGCAGCAGCAUGUAGUGAGAGACAAUGUGCCACAUGAAUAAGAGAAGCAGCAUAAAAACCAAUUAUUUGUAUUAUUUAUACAGAUUCAUUUUGGGUUUAUUCUUAUUCUAUCCUCCAGGCUUAGUUUAGAUAAAUUUGGACUACAAAUUGAUCUUCAGCUAAAUAUACUUGAGUUUUUAGGUGUAGGGCUGGCUUACGUUGAUAGGUUUUAAAUAUUUGAGCAAACCAAUUUGUUACAUGCUCAGUGUUAAUAUAAUAACAUUUUUUGGCAGAGAAAAUGAUCAAAACCCCAUUUUGAUAAAUGCAUUUGUAAAAUUUGCACUAAAGCUUCUUGAUGCUGCAUUGAUCAAGAGCCGUUAAGAAAUCUCUGAUCAAAUAUUUUGAAGUUUUUCUCUGUGAUAUAUACAGAAACAUCUGUAAUUCUGAUUUCGAAAUGCUUUGAUCAUGCGAUUAUUUCUCCUCUUAAGAUGUUAGGCAUCCUUCUUAGUUACUGAUUUAACUAUAUUACUGUAUCAGAAAAGACAGUUUGGCUUUGUAUUUUAUAGAACUAUGACAUCAUAAACUACAAACAGACAUAAAGGUCAGCAUUUCUUGAGAAGAUAUGGUAAACAGCACUUUAAAAUAGAGGAAAUACAGUGCCUCCCAUAGCCUGCCUUGA